CACUCACGGUGCGUUUCGUUCCCCACAAUAUGGCGGCGCCCAGAGCAGGCGUGGGGCAGGGGCCACGAAUGAAGGCUUGUGGCUGAGCGUUAGGAUGAAGCGUAAAGCGGCUGGCCGGGAUGGCUCCGGCCGGAUGAAGAAGCUACAGCUCUCUGUACAGGAGUUCGUAGAGAGGACUGAAGGCGGGGGAGUCGCAGAGGAGAGCAACUUUCCGGGAAACCCUGGGGGGAAAUUAAAAACUCGCAAAGAGCUAAGGAAGGAAAAGCGUCGGGAGAAGAAAUACCGCAGGAAGGAAUACUAUGAACGGCGGCACCUAGGGCCCCAAGGGGGGCAGCCUCCCACAGCCCAGGCCCCUGAUAGGAAAGAGGGGGCACAGGGGGAGAAGCAUGGAGGGAAAGUCUGUACCGCUAAAGGGGGGAAUAAACCUCAGGCUGCACUGGGGGAAUCUGAUAAAAAGCCCAAAGCUGGAAUGGGAGAAACUUCCAGGAAACAUAAGACUGGAAUGGGUGAGUCUGCUGGAAAACCUACACUUGGAACAGGAAAAACUGCAGGGAAACCCAAGGCUGGGCCGAUCAAGAAGAGCAAAGCAGCCAUCAUGGAGGAGAAGAGGAGGAAAGCGCUGCUGGAAGCCAAUGAGAAGGAGGAGAAAGAGAUCAAGCGGCUGGAGAGGAGUUUGAGGAUGAAUAAGAGAAAGAACAAGAGUUCUCUCCCACAGUCAUUCACUCAGGAUGGGCUGGAUUAUAUUCUGGGGCUGUUAGAGCCAGGGGCAUCAGGCUCUGGCCUGUACGAGGAUGAGGAUGAAUUGGGUAGUGCCGCAGAGAAGCUGCACAAACUUUCAGAGAAGUUUAGUGAAGGGGAGUCCAGUGAUGAUGAAGGGGAUCAGCCCAUGGAUCAAGACUCAGGGGAUGAGAGAGAGGACCAGGAAUUGGUUGAGGAGGAUGAGGACCUGGGUUCUGCUGAGGAGGAUGGGGACCUGGGUUCUGCUGAGGAGGAUGGGGACCAGGAAUCUGAUGAGGAGGAUGAAGAGCUGGAAACAGAAGAUGAAGAGGGAGACCAAGAUUCAGGAAGGGCAUCUGAAGAGAAUGAAGCAUCUGAAAAAGAGUUGGGGUCUGAAGAGGGCCGGGUGCCCCUUGAUUCUGGAGAAGACAACCCCACGCAUCCGGGAGAGCAGGGCUCCAAGUAUAUCCCUCCACAUCUCAGGCAGGCUUCCGCAGCUGCUGACGCAAAGAGGAGGGAAGAGCUGCAGCGGCUAAAGAAGAGCGUGAAAGGGUUAAUGAACAGGCUGAGUGAGCCGAACAUGGCUUCUAUAAGUGGGCAGCUGGAGGAGCUGUACAUGAGCAACAGCAGGAAGGACAUGAACGAGACGCUCACACAGGUCCUGUUAGAUGCCUGCAUCACUCCCGCCAGGAUGCCUGACCGCCUCAUGAUGGAGCAUGUGCUUCUUGUCUGCGUCCUGCACCACACUGUAGGCAUUGAGGUCGGAGCACACAUUCUGGAAUCCACAGUGAAGAUGUUCCACGACCUUUACCAAAAAAGCACAGAAAGCAAAGAAUGCGACAACCUCCUCACCUUCAUCGGGCACCUGUACAACUUCCAUGUGAUGGAGUGCUGCCUGCUGUUCGACAUCCUGAAGAAGCUGCUCUCCACAUUCACAGAGCGAGACAUCGAGCUGGUCUUGCUAAUGCUGAAAAACGUGGGCUUCUCCCUAAGGAAGGAUGAUGCUCUGGCCCUGAAGGAGUUAAUUAGCGAGGCACAAACCAAAGCCAAUGAAGCAGGCAAGAAAUUCCAAGACCAAACCAGAGUUAGGUUUAUGCUUGAGACGAUGUUGGCGCUGAAGAAUAACGAUAUGCGCAAAAUUCCCGGUUAUGACCCAGAACCCGUGGAAAAAUUAAGAAAAUUGCAGCGUUCUUUGGUACAUGGCAGCAAGUCUGGCAGUGACACUCGGCUCCGUGUCUCUCUGGAAAAUCUCCUGGAUGCAGAUAAAGUGGGGCGCUGGUGGAUUGUUGGAUCUUCAUGGAGUGGAGCGCCGAUGAUUGACUCAUCUACCAACAAAUCCCAGCAGCUUUCUGUAGGAAAGGUAAGUUCUAAGAUCAUGGACUUGGCUCGCAAGCAGAGGAUGAACACCGACAUCAGGAGAAAUAUAUUCUGUGUUCUCAUGACCAGUGAGGAUUAUUUAGACGCCUUCGAGAAAUUGUUGAAGCUGGGGCUGAAGGAACACCAGGAGCGAGAAAUUGUCCAUGUCCUCAUUGACUGCUGCUUUCAGGAGAAGGUGUUUAACCCUUUCUAUGCCUUCCUCUCUAGCAAGUUCUGUGAAUACGACAGGCGUUUUCAGAUGACUUUCCAGUUCAGCAUGUGGGACAAAUUUCGGGAUUUGGGAAGUUUAUCGGCGGCCACAUUGAGCAACCUUGUUCGUCUCGUGAGUCACCUGAUUAAAAGCAAGUCACUUCCACUCUCCAUAUUUAAGGUGAUUGAGUUUAGUGAGCUGGAUAAAAUCAAAGUCUCUUUCUUGCGUCAAGUUCUGAAUCAGCUGUUGAUGGAUUUGGAGGCAGAAGACCUUGUUCAGAUCUUUGGAAAGGUCUCUGAGAACCCCAAGCUGAGCAUCCUGAGAGAAGGCCUGAAGCUCUUCCUUACACAUUUCCUUCUAAAAGGCGCCCGGGAGAGGAAAGACAAAGAGGACUCGGAUGCUCUGAUCCAGAGAGUGGAUUUAGCAGUGAAAGCUUUACAGUCCAAGGAAAACAGGCUACGGCUGUAGGAAGUCUACGAGUCUGUGUCAGCUGCCAGUGGGUCAAUGUACAGCGGCAACCGGCCAUGUAAACUGCUUCCAGCGACCCUCCUAUUUUGGGUGAAUCCAUAGUAAUGAUACCUCUGACCCACAGGAGCGGUCCCUAUGGCAUUCUGUACAGCCACAGCCAAAGGACCAUGAUGGAUUUUGUUACUGUAGGAAACCAAUUAACAGCAGCAUAGGGCAUCACAUGAUCAACAUUUUGCCUGCUGCGGCACCUCUUGUGAACAGAGAUGUACCAUGUGUAACAGCUGCAGGAUUUACUGCUCCUUAUUUAGGGAGAAGUGGACAUGGCAGCUUCCUAGGCCCAGUUUUACCAAUACCAGCUAAACAGCUGGAAAAUCCAGAGCAUGAACUGUAGGGGGCAGAUUACUUUAACCCAUUUAGGCUCUUAACUCAGGGACUAAUAACUCACUGAGCACAGUAUCCAUGGAACCAACACAUAGAGCUCAAUUUGUACACAUUUCUAUAUAUUUAAAGGGGUUGUUCCCCUGAGCGCUUACUUUGUCUCAGAAUGUCAAGCUGAAUAUCAUACGCAAUUUGCCGUUGGUAUUUACUUUUUAUUUCCUGCAGCUGUGGAGUUUGGCUUUCGUUCAGCAGCUCUCCAGUCUGGAAAUUUGACAAAUAUCUGAUUGCUAGGGUUCAGAUUACCCUAGCAACCAUGCUAAAUAAUAAAAUGGAAGACCAGUUGAAAAGUUGCUAUGAAUUAGCCAUUCUAUAACAUAGUCAAAGUUAAUUUAAAGGUGAACCACCCCUUUAAUAUAUACAUUCUGCAACUCAGUCAUGUUUACUGUAUUUUUUUUGGCUACUAAGUUAUUUGUUGCCCUUAUACAGUAUUGUGUAAACAGCCGUAAUUGUGGCACAAACCACUAGAUGUCAAUAAAGAAACAUCUUGUUGUAUA